GGGAGGCGGGCGGCGCGUGCGCGGGCGGCGGCCAUGGCGGGAGUGCUGGUGCGGGCUGGCCGUGCUGCGGCCCUGUGGGGAUCGCUGUCGCCGCUGAGGGCGGCCCGGGCAUUCCUGGUUUGCAGGCUGAAGUCAUCGGUCAGCUUUCUCACUCGACCGGAUCGACCAAAUAUUGCUUAUCAGAAACUAAAAGGAAGAAAUCCAGGGGUUAUUUUCCUUCCAGGCUUCAAUUCAAAUAUGAAUGGUCAGAAAGCAACUGCCCUUGAAGAUUUCUGCAAAUCAUUAGGUCAUGCCUUCAUCAGAUUUGACUAUACAGGAUGUGGAAGUUCAGAUGGUAAAUUUGAAGACUGUACAAUUGGGAAGUGGAGAAAAGAUGUUCUGUCUAUACUGGAUGAACUUACAGAUGGACCACAGAUUCUGGUGGGCUCCAGCAUGGGUGGAUGGCUGAUGCUUCAUGCUGCAAUAGCACGUCCAGAUAAAGUAGCUGCUCUGGUUGGAGUUGCUGUAGCAGCAGAUCACGUUGUAACAACUUUUAAGAGGCUUCCUAUUGAGGCACAAAAAGAAAUAGAAGAAAAGGGUGAAUGGAAGUAUCAAACAAAGCAUAAUGAAGAAGGAUAUUACUCCUUGACCUAUGACUUUAUCAGAGAAGCAGAAAAUCACUGCGUGCUGAAUAGUCCUAUUCCUGUGACAUGUCCCAUACGUCUUAUUCACGGCAUGAAGGAUGGAGAUGUCCCUUGGGAGAUCUCUGUGCAAGUUGCUGACCGUGUUUUGAGCAAGGACGUGGAUGUUAUCCUUCGCAAAAUCGGCCAGCAUCGGAUGAGUGACAAGGAGGAUACAAAGCUCCUUGUGAAUACUGUUGAUGAUCUAAUUGACAAGCUGUCAACAGUAGCAUAAGCUCAAGAGUAGCAUUAGUGCAUGAACUCUACACCUGACUCUUUUCCUUGAGUAACAGAAGCCUUGUUCUUACCCAGAUGGUGGCAGGCUUGUGACUGUCACAGUAGGAACUGAGCUUUAUCUGCUGUUUCCUUACCUCUGUUUCGUAAAUACAGGAAUUGUAUUAUUGCUGCAUUUGCACACAGUCCAAAGUGGGAAGGAGUGUUCAGAACCUCUCCUUCACCAUUUUACCCUUUUUUUUCACAAAUUUCCUACAAUUUUGUACUGACAUGUUGAUUACUUUUUGUUGCUAUUGGCCUGUACAGUAAAACUUUAUUUUCACAUCUUUGACACCUGUUACUGUCCUUCCGCUGUAACAUCAUUGUAUCUUAUGUCUAAACCAUCUGUGCAAGGCAAACUACAACUUGAGUGUUUACUGAAGUUAGUUAUUAGAAUAGUUAGUACCGUGAAACACAAUAAACAGAUUUCAGGUAAAUGGUUAUUUUGUUCUGAAAUGCUGUUAAAAAGUCGAAAGCACAUCCUGAUGGUGUGCUUGUGGUAAUGCAUAGGGAAGAAUUGGACUUCGAAGAAAGCAGGGCCUCAAAACCUUAAGAGCUCUUUAUCUGUGCUUGUCAGGAGGCUGUCUGUGAUCUCCAGGCUACCAUUUGUUGUUCAUUUGUGGGCCUACUGUUAAGGAAACAAUAAAUAAUCUUGGUGUAAAC